CGGCGCGGGCCAGGAGCUCUCCGACAGCCCGAAUUCCUGCCUGUCUGGAGGAGGCUCCCAGCCUCAGUGCCGAGCAGCGAGGCCGACGGGGCGGCCGGAAACCCCAUGGAAAAUAGGGCCCGGAUCCGUUUCUUCACCAUAGAGAAAGCCCUCUCCUCCCCAGCGAUGCCAGCUUUGCUCCCCGUGUGCACCUCCACCCCCACUGCGCUCCCCCAGGCUGGCUGCUGCCGUGCCCAUCUUGGUGCUCCUGCACAUAUUUUCCCAGUGAGGCAUCCGGUGUGGAUGGAACAGGAGCAGGCUUGCCACUGGGGAGCUGGGCACGGGGAUGGCAGCCUGGGAGGGUGAGACGGAAAGGCGGCCAGGAGGAGAUGGAGGGAAGGAGGAGAUGGAGGUGCUGAGCCCCAGCUCUGAGCGGUUGCUGAUUUUUCCAGGCUUGGCUGCAGGAAUGUGGUUUGGUGGGCCCCUGCCUGCUGGUAUCCAAGCUGGUGGCUUGGUGAGGCCAAAAAGUGGUAGGACUCAACCUGGUGGGACCUGAGCUGAUGGCUCGGUGGGACUUGACCUGGUGACUUGAUAGAACCCAACCCCGUGGUACCCAAUUUGGUGGCUUGGUGGAACUUGACCUUAUAAGACCUGAGCUGGUAGGACCAAAGCUGGUGGGACCCAACCUGGUGGGACCUGAUCUAGUUACUUGGUUGGACUCAACCCCAUGGCACCUUGGGGGGCCCAAACUGAUAGAAUCCAACCCAAUGGGACCCAACCCAGCGGCUUGGAGGGACUUCACUUAGUGGGACCUGAUCACGUUACUUCGUGGGACCCAGCCCUAUGCUAUCCAACUUGGUGGCUUGGCAGGACCUGAGCUUGUAGGACCUGACCUGGUGGGUCACUGGGACUCAACCUGGUGAGACCUGACCCGGUGAAUCAGUGGGAGCCAGCACCAUGGCACCAACUUGGUGGCUUGGUGGAGCCUGACCCAACCUUGACCCUCUUCUGAGGGAGCUGAUGAGCACCUGGAGGUGCUGAGAACCCAGGCUGGAUGGAGCUGUGUGUCUAUGGGUGUCCCCUCCGUGCGGGGUUUGGGGCUGGCCGGUCUCUCCUGACCCCAAACCAUUGCAAGCACCUUUGUGAGGACACGUGCCCUCGCCAUGCAGGCGCACUGACCCCCCGCAGCUCCAACUGGGGAACUGCUGGCAGCAGGCAGGGCAGGCAGGACGUGCCUCGUGUUCUGGUUUCCUUCCUCUUGCCGUGUGACGGUCGGUGACUCAUUGGAGCAGGAUACCACCAGCACCCUCCCAGUUUUCCAGAGGCUGUUGUCACUCACGUGUCCCCAGCACAGGAUGAUGAGUGUCACCGCAACCUGGAACCAGCAGGGGACGGCUCCCCGAGCCCACGGGGCCACCGGCACGCGGAGCUACGGCUGAGCCUGGCGUGCCAAGCCGCGCCGAGCCAGGCGGAUGGAAAGCUGCAGCCCGGCAGGGAGCCCCGCGCCCACCCCGCGCCCCAGCCUUAUGCCCGGGGAGCGGCGCCGAGCCUGCCUGCCCGCCCACCAUGAAGUGCUCGCUGCGCGUCUGCUUCCUCUCCACCGCUUUCCUCCUCAUCUUCGUCAUGUCGGUGCUAUUCACCUACUCCCACCACAGCAUCGCCUACCUGGACCCCGGCGGGUUGGGUGGCAUCCACCGGGUGAAGCUGGUGCCCGGUUACGCCGGCGUGCGGCGGCUGAGCCACGGCGUGCCGUACCCCAAGGGCUGUGCGUGCCGCCGCUGCCCCGAGGAUGCUGCCGCCUCCGCCGCCGCCUGGUUUGACAGCCGCUACGACGGCGCCGUGUCCCCAGUGUGGACCAAGGAGAACAUGGAGCUGCCGCCGGAUGUGCAGCGGUGGUGGAUGAUGCUGCAGCCCCAGUUCAAGUCCCACAACACGCAGGAGGUGCUGAGCAAGCUCUUCCAGGUCGUGCCAGGGGAGAACCCUUACCGCUGGCGCGACCCGCGCCGCUGCCGGCGCUGCGCUGUGGUCGGCAACUCGGGCAACCUGCGUGGCUCCGGCUAUGGGCACGAGAUCGAUGGGCACGACUUCAUCAUGAGGAUGAACCAGGCACCCACAGUGGGCUUUGAGGGGGACGUGGGCAGCCGGACCACUCACCACUUCAUGUACCCUGAGAGCGCCAAGAACCUGCCUGCCAACGUCAGUUUUGUGCUGGUGCCCUUUAAGACCUUGGACCUGCUCUGGAUUGCCAGCGCCCUCUCCACUGGCCAGAUCAGGUUCACCUACGCGCCCGUGAAGCCUUUUCUGCGUGUGGACAAGGAGAAGGUGCAGAUCUACAACCCUGCCUUCUUCAAGUACAUCCACGACCGCUGGACGGAGCACCACGGGCGCUACCCCUCCACCGGCAUGCUGGUGCUUUUCUUUGCCCUCCACGUCUGCGAUGAGGUGAACGUCUUCGGGUUCGGCGCCGACAGCCGGGGCAAUUGGCACCACUACUGGGAGAACAACCGCUACGCCGGCGAGUUCCGCAAGACCGGGGUGCACGACGCCGACUUCGAGGCACACAUCAUCGACAUGCUGGCCAAAACCAGCAGGAUUGAGGUCUACCGGGGCAAUUAACUGAGGGCCGGGCGGCCGCGUGUCCUCCAGCUCCUAACCCUGGCACUGCCAGAGCUGCCCCGGCUGCCGUUAGGUGCCGGCAGCCUACGGGGUUCUGAGCUCUCGGCAGACUUUGUGUGGUUUGGAGAGUUUUGACUUUGAUGUUGUUAGUAUUAAGGAACCCGCUUCAGCCGAGCGAGGAUUUGUAGAUGCCGCCAGCGACCAGCCGGCCUGGGGAGCGCCCGACUCGUAACUCUUACAGUCAAACCAAAUGCUGCUCUUUUUAAAACAAGAACAACAACAGAAAAACAACCAUACAAAAGCCCCCAAACCCGGCGACUUUGGGGAGAGCUCGAGCCCGGGAUGAGGGCAGGGUGACAAUCAGCAGCAGGCCGGGUCAGCUCUCCAACAGCAGGACACAAAGCGGCCGCUGCUCUGUCCUUCCGUCGGAGGUUUUCUCUCCCUUUGCUUCUCCCUCUGUGGCUCUCGGGAAGGGGUCCGGACUCUCGUGGUCCUCUCGGUCAGAUGCCCCCCAUGUUGCGUCGGGGAGUGGGAUAGGAGGGGUUUGGGAGGGCAGGGAGAUGGGCAAAAGGCAGCUGAGAAACCCGAGCACCUGGUGGAAGUGACGGCGCAGUAAGGCACAGCUGUGUGCGUCCAUCCCUCACCAUCUGGGCUCCCCUUCGCCUUGGGGACAGGAGCAGGUUAGGAUAGCUUUAGCAGGUGAGUGAAACACAGCUGGGGGAGUCACUUCUUAUCUCCCUCUUGCUACAGACAGACAGCUCUGGGCAGAAGCUGCAAACCCAAAGCUCGUGGUGUUGGGGGACAGUGGCUCGGUGUGGGGCUGAGGUGCUGGAAGCUGCAGCAGUGACUGAGGGACGAUUGCGCAGGGCUUGGGGGCAAACUGCCCUUUUCUAUUUGGCUUCUCUCUACAUUUCUGUGCUUUGGGAGUGUUUUCUUUUUUGAAGUGUCUCUCUACAGUCUCUCAAGACACCAGGUCUGUGCUGCGCCUGCUGCUGGGGGCCCCACGGCAGCCCCCGAGGCGGCGGUGCGACCGGGAGCCCCAACCCCUUCCCAAUGCCUCGAGUUGGCAUUGCCGCCUUCUUCUGGGGGAAGAAAACCACAGAAAUCACACAACCACAAGCAACAACGAGUGCCUUGACUACCUGCCGCCGGCUGCGCUGCCCUGCGAGCACAGGGGGGGUCGGGAUGCACACAGCAGCAUUCCCAGCCCCCCCUUCCUCCUGGGAGGGUCAGCAUUGCCCAGGCACCCCUGGCACUGGGCUGUGCCCACACCUCUCCCACUCCAGGUCAGACAAUCCCGAGCCCACCGGCAGCACCCGAUAACGAUUUUUCGGCUGAUUUCCUUCCCCCCUCGACCCCCACCCCGACUCUUUUUAUUAUUAUUGUUGUUGUUAUUAUUAUUAUUUAAACUGUCCCGACACGAGGACUCACGACCACUCCUGUUUCUGCGCAGAGCUGCCGGCGGGCGCACGCACAAGCAUGCUGCAGGGCCCGCAGGCGCCGCGCUACGAGCACCACUGUACUGUACAUAGAGGAGCAGCAGGCAGAGGCUGUGGGCAUCGGGGGAUGGA